AUGGCAUUUGGUGAUGGCGAUGGUGAUAUAUUUGGAACCUUCACAAAGAACCUCGAUGUGAUAGGACAUGAACUUACACACGGCAUCAUCCAAUUGACAACAGAUCUCGAAUACAAACAUCAAUCCGGAGCUCUCAAUGAGUCAAUCUCUGAUGUCUUUGGAAGUAUGAUCAAACAAUACUUUCCCAAGACUUCUGCAAAAAUUGCAGACUGGCUUAUCGGCGAAGGAAUGUGCUCGCCCGCUUUUCGCAGCAUGAAACAACCAGGGAAAGUCUACAAUAAUCCAAAGAUUGGCAUAGAUCCACAACCAGCCACUCUAUAUGGCUAG